UAAUUGUGUCCUGUCCGAGAAGCUUCUGUUUAACCUUAUAUAGCCGAUUUUCUGCCUUGUUCCGGGUGGAAGUUAGCCAGCACUAAGCGGGUGCGGUUGUGUGUGUGGGAGCUGCUGGGCCCACCUGUUUGGGCUUUCAGGAGCAAUCACACGGUCUGGAGUUGUGAGCUGGGUGAUGGGAUCUGUGAGCUGUUCACUUCUUGCUGCUUUCUUUCUGCUCCACGGCUGCUCUCUUUGGUCUGUGUUCGUUCUUUGUGACGGCGGAGCGCCGCCUCCGGAGCGAAUCCGAAGUAGAGUGGAGUCAGCGGCGACGCCGGCGUCGGGUCGGGCUGUGGUUGGGGCUGUCACUUCGUCACUUGUGUGUGCGACUUCGGUUAAUAGCAGCGGCGCUGCGUUACUAGCCCGCAGUCGCAGACCACACGCGCCACGGGAACCAUUGAGCGUCAGCGGUAGUACUGGAUCUCGACACCGUCACCUCCUCGACAAACCCAAACCCAAACACACGACCAACACACAGACAAAACCGAACCACAAACACUCAAAACACAAACAAAACAAAAGACAUCUGGGCCAGUGCAAGUGCGAGUGCCCGGUAUCGCCUCCGCCUGGCGUUAUCAACGGCAAUAUCGGAAUCGGAAACACCAACGAACACCAGAGCCACAGCGAGCCGAGGACGCAUCCAAUCGAUCCGCUGACGUUGCCGGCAAAGACCCAUCUAUUCUGCUCCAACUCCACCACCAUGGCAGCCGCUCACGAGCCAACGAUCCACUAUCUGGACAGCGUCCUCAACGAGGAGGAGAAGCGAUGCGAGUACAGCCACCAGUGGCGGAACUUCUCCAUCUCCCGCUCCGGUCGGUUCAGGUCGAAGAACAAGAAGCGGGACGCGGUGGAUGGCAAGCUCUUCGAUGCCCACAGUGCCGUAGGAUCCACUAAGGAGAACGAAAAGGUCUCUGCACGCAGUUCGUCCAGCGCAAAGAACUCCGGCCCAGCAGCGAACACAGGAUCGCCGGCGACAACAGGCAGCAACCCAGCGCGAAGUCAGCGUGAAAAGACGGAGAGCUAUAAAAGUUUUUACGAAACGAAUUUAUAGGUAGCUACUGGGGCCUGGACAAGCGCUACGCGUAUUCCUUAUAAGUAUAUUCUUAUGCAUCUAUAACUUAGCAUGGCGCUUUAUUUAAUCAGAUUGAGAGGUCAAGGGAGAGAGAGAAAGCGAAGGUGGUUGGGAAGGGCUAAGAUAUAGGGCUUAUUGCACUAGUUGCAGGCUAUACAGCGCAGGGAAGACGAGAAGCAUCUGCUGUAAUCGCGGUUUUAAAAUUUAGUAAGGCAUAGUUUGCACACCCUCACUUUCUCUCUCCGGGCUUAUAUCGAUUGUACUUAAGUAAAAUUGUUAGUUAUAAAUUAUUAUCUCCAGCAUGCUAGCUCGCUUAUGUUAGAUUGUAAAGUAUUAAAACGUGAUAACUGCACUAAAUUAUAUGCAUACUUUAAGUUUACAGCUACGUUAUUGUACGUCUUACAUUAGUCAAAGUGAUUACAUAUUUGAAUCUGACCAAUAAAGAACGAGGUUCGAUUUAA